CGUCAUUUCCGGAGUAAGAUGGCCGCAGUACGUGUGUUGAGCACCUGGAGCCGGAAUGCAGGGCGGCGGAUUUGUAUUCGCUCUUUUCAAACAUGCAGUAAUGUUCACAUUUUGAAGCCAAAAUUUGCAUGUUUCUUUGGUUAUCCUUCAUUUAAGUAUAGUCAUCCACAUCGCCUUCUGAAAACAACUGCUGCUUUGCAUGGACAAGUUGUUCAGUUCAAAUUGUCAGACAUCGGAGAAGGGAUUAGAGAAGUAACUGUUAAAGAAUGGUAUGUAAAAGAAGGAGAUACAGUGUCUCAGUUUGACAGCAUCUGUGAAGUGCAAAGUGAUAAAGCUUCUGUUACCAUCACUAGUCGUUAUGAUGGCGUCAUUAAAAAACUGUAUUAUAAUCUAGACGAUAUUGCCUAUGUGGGAAAGCCAUUAGUAGACAUAGAAACGGAAGCCUUAAAAGAUUCAGAAGAAGAUGUUGUUGAAACUCCUGCCGUGUCCCAUGAUGAACACACACACCAGGAGAUAAAGGGCCAAAAAACACUGGCAACGCCUGCGGUUCGCCGUCUUGCAAUGGAAAACAAUAUUAAGUUGAGUGAAGUUGUUGGCUCAGGAAAAGAUGGCAGAAUACUGAAAGAAGAUAUCCUGAACUAUCUGGAAAAACAGACGGGAGCUAUAUUGCCGCCUUCACCAAAAGCUGAAAUUGUGCCACCUCCGCCAAAACCAAAAGAUAAGACCAUUCCCAUGCCAGUAUCAAAACCUCCAGUAUUCACAGGCAAAGACAAAACAGAACCCAUAAAAGGUUUUCAGAAAGCAAUGGUCAAGACCAUGUCUGCCGCCCUGAAGAUACCCCAUUUCGGCUACUGUGAUGAGGUUGACCUUACUGAACUGGUUAAGCUACGAGAAGAGUUAAAACCUAUUGCUUUGGCUCGUGGGAUUAAACUCUCUUUUAUGCCUUUUUUCUUAAAGGCUGCUUCCUUGGGAUUACUACAGUUUCCUGUCCUUAACGCUUCUGUGGAUGAGAACUGCCAGAAUAUAACAUACAAGGCUUCUCAUAAUAUUGGGAUCGCAAUGGAUACUGAGCAGGGUUUGAUUGUCCCCAACGUGAAAAAUGUUCAGGUCUGCUCAAUAUUUGAGAUUGCUAUGGAACUGAACCGCCUCCAGAAAUUGGGCUCUGCGGGUCAGCUCAGCACCACUGAUCUUACAGGAGGAACAUUUACUCUUUCCAACAUUGGAUCAAUCGGUGGUUCCUAUGCCAAACCAGUGAUAUUGCCGCCUGAAGUAGCCAUUGGGGCCCUUGGAUCAAUUAAGGCCCUUCCCCGAUUUAACCAGGAAGGAGAAGUAUAUAAGGCACAGAUCAUGAAUGUGAGCUGGUCAGCCGAUCACAGAGUCAUUGAUGGUGCUACCAUGUCACGCUUCUCUAAUUUAUGGAAAUCCUACUUAGAAAACCCAGCUUUCAUGCUUCUAGAUCUGAAAUGAAGAUUGUUAAGCCAUUCUUAAACUGUUUUGAGUUGCCAAAGAGAAUGUAAAGCCUCUGUGUGCCAGGACAGAUUCAUCUUAACAGUUUGUAUUAUAAAUGAUUUGUCUUAUAUGAUUAAGGAUGUUCUGAGGCACAAUAUUUAUCACUUUUCUGUUUGACUUUUUACUGAAAUUGAAUCGUGGUGUAAGGGUUCUUGUAGAGCUGACACAUUUUAUAGGUCAGAAUGUGACUUCUUCAUAUGGUGCUCAGGUCUUUGUGUCAAUGGAUUGAAACUGGUAAGAGCAAUAACAGAAAUGUUAUUAAAGACAGGCAGUUAUGGGCAGCAGAUGGGAUGGUGGUUAAGGCAGUAGAUCUGAUGUGGUCAAUUGCGUGAUUCAAGUGCUGAACCUGGCACUUGAAAAACAUGCUGGGUAUAAGUGGGUGCAUGCCCAAACUCCCAAAAAGAGAAUAAAGGAAAAAUGA